AUGUCUUCUCGUGGAUCGAGAUCAGCUUCUAGGCAAGCACCUGAGUCAUCUGGAGCUGCUUCACCAGAUCUCAGAUCAUUUCCUGAUGAACAGAGCACUCGUGACCAGGCUCCAUCUAUGAGAAGUGCCUCAUCUGCCCUACACUAUGGCUCUGAGAUUGGAGCAUCCUCCCAGGGUUCUUCUAUUCUCUCUUCUCGUCGCAAUGUAUUGAGAGCAGAUCUAGGAACUGCUCCUAGCCAUCACAGAACAGUCCGUGUUGAUGGAGAAGGACUUGCAGAUGAUUUGGCUGAUGAUGAUGGACAGCCCAGACUGUAUAUUUGGGGAACACAAAUAUGUGUUGUAGAUGUGCAAAGAACUUUCCGACAAUUCAUUACUGAUUUUAAAGUUACUAACCUGGAUGAAGAUGAGAACAUGAUGGUGCUCCCUUCUACACGACAAGCUAUAGAUACUAGCCUUCCUUAUUACAUGGAACGCUUGUUUGAAAUUUCACAACGUGAAGAUCAACCAUUCUUAAACUUGAAUUUGGCUCACAUCAAAGAUUUCUCGGAUCCUCUGUAUAGAAAAAUAGUGGCGUAUCCUUCUGAUAUUAUCCCCUAUUUGGAUCAUACUGUCAACGAAGUCUUUGUUGAAAAGUAUCAGCGACAGUUGCCAGUUCCCAUUGAGCUCCGUCCCUUCAAUGCCGAUAAGACUAGAAAUAUGAGAGGGUUGAACCCAACUGAUAUCGAUCAGUUGAUUACAAUUACUGGUAUGGUCACCAGAACUUCUACUGUAAUCCCUGAGAUGAGAAUGGGAUUCUUCCAAUGUUCAGUCUGCAACUUCUCCAUUGAGAGUGAAGUUGAUAGAGGACGAAUUGAAGAACCAACUGUAUGUACUAACUGCUCUAACACUCAUUGCUUCCAAUUGAUCCAUAACCGAUCAAUUUUCCUAGACAAGCAACUCAUCAAACUUCAGGAGUCCCCUGAUGAUAUGCCAUCUGGGCAAACUCCUCAUACCGUAACCGUAUUUGUGCAUAAUAACUUGGUGGAAAAUGUACAACCUGGUGAUCGAGUAACUUUAACUGGUAUUUAUCGUACACAAGCAAGCAAGGUUAACCCACGUCAACGAUCUCUCAUAUCUGUUUAUAAAACGAAUAUUGAUGCUCUCCACUUCCGAAAGACUGACUCUUCACGUCUACAUCAAGACAAUGGGGAUAACCUUCCUGAAGACCGAGUGCAACAAAUCAUGAACCUAGCAUCCAAGAAAAAUAUCAUUGAUAUCUUGGCUAACGCUAUUGCUCCUUCCAUUUACGAGUUAGAUGACGUCAAAAAAGGUAUUCUUUGCUUGUUGCUUGGUGGAACGAGAAAGGACGACUUGUCAGGAAACAAGACUCGACUUCGCAGUGAGAUUAAUAUCCUUCUGUGUGGAGAUCCAGGUACUUCUAAGUCUCAACUUUUGCAAUACAUUUAUCGUCUUCUUCCGAGAAGUCAGUAUACAAGUGGAAAGGGAUCUUCUGCUGUUGGUUUGACAGCAUCGAUUUCGAGGGAUCCCGAUACUCGCCAAGUAGUUCUCCAAACUGGAGCUCUAGUUUUGGCUGAUAAUGGAGUCUGCUGCAUUGACGAGUUCGAUAAAAUGAAUGAAGGUGCUCGUAGUGUUCUGCACGAAGUUAUGGAGCAACAAACGUUAUCCAUUGCCAAAGCUGGAAUUAUCUGCCAACUCAAUGCUCGAGCUUCUGUCUUGGCUGCUGCCAAUCCUGUCGAUUCUAAAUGGAACAGAGACAAAACUAUUGUGGAAAAUAUCCAGCUUCCACAUACCUUACUCUCAAGAUUUGACCUUAUCUUCCUCCUCGUUGAUCCACAAGACGAGAUGUAUGAUCGCCGUUUAGCUAGUCAUUUAGUAUCCCUAUAUUAUCGUUCCAAAGAAGAUGUUGAAAGUGAAAAACUCGACAUGGCUCUUCUCCGUGAUUAUAUCGCUUAUGCCAAAUCACAUGUUCAUCCACGAAUCACUGAUGAGUCUGCAGCUUUCUUAAUUGACAAGUAUAUGUUCAUGAGAAAAGCAGGAGCUCAAUACGGACAAAUCUCCGCUUAUCCAAGACAAUUAGAAUCUUUGAUUCGUCUGUCCGAGGCUAGUGCCAAAAUCAGAUUGUCUGAAGUCGUUACAGUAGAUGAUGUAGAAUUCUCUUAUAAUCUUCACCGAGAAGCCCUGAAGCAAUCUGCUGUUGAUCCUGUAACAGGAAAGGUUGAUGUUAACAUCUUAGCAGCUGGAAUGAGUGCAACUAGCAGAAAGAUGGUACAACAAGUAGCAGAAGCCAUCACCACUCAUCUCGAUAGUAGCAAGGGAGCAAACAUGUCUGCUAAGAACGUGUUUUAUGCAUUGAAAACAAUUGAUAAGACGCUGAGUAGGGAUAUCUUCGACGAAGCUCUGAAUGAAUUAGCUAAGAAGGAGUUGAUCGUUAGAACUGGCGAACGUAUUCGAUAUCUUGCAGUCAAAAAUUAA